AUGGGACGUGUUAGAACUAAGACAGUUAAAAGAGCCUCAAAGGUUUUAAUCGAAAGAUUCUACCCAAAAUUAACUUUAGAUUUUGAAACCAAUAAAAGAUUAACUUCAGAAAUUGCAGUUAUUCAAUCAAAAAGAUUAAGAAAUAAAAUCGCUGGAUACACAACUCAUUUAAUGAAAAGAAUUCAAAAAGGACCAGUUAGAGGUAUUUCAUUCAAAUUACAAGAAGAAGAAAGAGAAAGAAAAGAUCAAUAUGUCCCAGAAGUUUCUGCUUUAGAUUUAUCACAUACUGGUGGACAAUUAGAAGUUGACGCUGAAACUGCUGAUUUAGUUAAAACUUUAGGUUUCAAAAUCCCAUUACAAACUGUAAACAUUUCAUCACAAAGAGGUCCAAGAAGAUUUGCUAAAAGAAGUUAA